UUUUUGCAUUCGAGAUACGGUCGCACUAUUCUUUUUGUAUUAAAUUUUUGUAAGACUUUUCAAGUCUCCGUUUUUGUUCUAUAUUUUAAUUUUUACCGUAUAAAACUGAACAAAAGAGUAUGCCACCCCCAAGACCGAAGGGGAUAGGAUUUAAUACAGGAGCUACCCAACCCAGAUCGAACUCAAAUACGCCGAUGUCGGAGAGGCAACAAAUGGCUUUACUUAUCCAAAUGACAGCUACCUCCUCGACAGAUUCAUCCCGCACCAAUUUAAAGAAGAAUGAAUGCAAGAAAGGAGACACAGAAAACGAUGAGAGCAGCCUGAACGAGAAGCAAGAGGUCCUGGACACUAAAGACAAAUCUUCAGCGGAGGAAAGCAGCAACGAUGGUAAAAACAGCGAUUCAAUUCAUCAGGGAACUUCGGCUGCCAAGCGUUGUUACUCAGACAUAGAGGAGGAUUACGAAGAAUCUGGUGAGGACGUGAAGAAAAAGAAGCGCAAGGACUCAGAGCAUAGCAAGGACUUGAAGGGGGCUUCCCUAAAGCUCUCCUCAAGGGUCGAAAAAGGCUCAAAACUAGCAGCGACGAAGGGUUCACCGUCUGGUAACAAAAGCAGCGCCUCAAAUGCCGACAAGGAGCAAGUGGAGAUCAGCAAAAAUGUGGACAUUGAAAACGAGACCGAGUGCAGCGAUGAUUACAAGAGCAACGACAGUCUUUACAACGGAGGACUUAAAGUGCCGCCACUAAAGAUUGUGAUCCCGCAACAGAACUGCUCCAUCGACACUGAGGGCAAUGUGCUGAGAACCGGCAAGGUGACUGCCUCUCGGAAUGCAGCCCUGCCCUAUGUGGUUAGCUCCAAUAGCGAUUCCAUCGACACCGUCAUAACCAAUCAAUCAAUUAGCCCGCACGAGAGUCCCCAGAAAAGCAAUAGCAUUUGCUCCACAGUCCUGGACGACAAGAACAUAAAGCUUUUCAAUGAUGAAAAGAAUCUGAGGGUCCUUAGGAGCUCUCAUCGAACUGGGGUCACUAGUGUGGAACGCAGUUCCAACAACUCCUCCCCGCAAAUGCAGAGCAGUUCUCCAUCGCCGGCGUCAUCCAAUCAUGCCAACGAUCCUGCGGACGUAAAGCUAUCUUACGGCAACAUGACUUCUAGUCCAAUACCGCAAGGCCACCAGUUUGACCAGGAGACAAUCACCAAUGUUCCGAGCCCCUCAACGUCUUCAACUUCCUCGUCCAAGGAGAUAAAUCCCUCGAACGCGGAUCUCCAUCCGCGGAAGCGGAAGAUACGGCCCAAGAAUACCGAUGAUAGUUCAAAGAACUCAAACGCCGCCGAUUCCGGUGUGAAUUCCGAAGAAUCUCACCCCCAUGACCACCCCUUCACCAAUGGCUUCCAGAUGUUUUUGAGCAUCCGUCGUCAGAUUGAGAAAAAGUGGAAGAGCUUGUAUCCGGUGAAGCCAAGACCUCCCCAAGGGUACAACGAGUAUCUGUUGACAAAAAAAUCGUACUUAUUAAGUCGCAAUGCGGAAACUUCAGCUCCUGAUAUUCCCCGUACUGUGCCGCAAGCCAUGGAGAAGUUCUAUCAGGAUCAGGAGAAGGCGAGGCAAGAUUUGAUACAAGCACACACCGUUGAGCGGGAAAAACUAUGCAUGAACGUUGAACAGGAGAUAAUACGAGUCCACUCGAAGGCUGCCAGAAGUAUAUCUGGACAACCCGCGCCCUAUUCCGUUUGUACAUACUUAAAGGACGAUGAGGUCUACAACAUGAUUACACCAGAGCAGGACGAAAAGGAAAAGAGUGCGCGGUGCCGAUUUAAUGGACGAUUGCUACUCAGCUGGUUGCAAGAUGUCGAUGAUAAGUGGGAGAAAAUCAAGGAAUCCAUGGUGCUGCGGCAUCAUAACGAGGCAGAAAGUCUGCACGCCGUUCAGGUUAUGGAUUGGAAUAUAUUCGCGAAACGAAAUAGGCUUUGCGACAACCCGAUUGAAGUAAAUUUGGAACACGUUCCGAUUGUUUCGGUUGGAGAUGAUUUUGACACAUUGCCAACAUAACUGACAAAUUGAAAUUAAUAAAUUGUUACAAAAUUUGAAACACAAGAAUGUGUUUCCCAUAAUGA